UUCCUGGCCAUCGUGCACAAGUCCAUCUACGCGGAUUUCCUCUACGAGACGCUCUUGGGCCAGAUAAUCACCACGGUUGUCGGCAAAUUGCACGUCUUCUUCAUCCUCGCCUGCCCCCUUGUAGCCUUCUCGCUCCUUCGGGCCUCAUUGUGGAUCCCGGUCUUCAAUUCGGUCUACUGGGUAGGCUUUAUCUACCUCCUUUGGCCCUUCAUGGCGCCCCUCGCAAGGAAGGCUUUUCCGCCAAAGCCAGCGCAACGCCAGUCGUCUCCACGAGAAAACGUUAAUUCACUGGAACCCUCUCCCCAGACUGCCUCCUCCGCAGUCGGUCAGCGCACUUGCAUUAGGCCACGUGUUUUCCUCGCCUCAUUUUUGGUCUUCGUAACUUUGCAGACCUCUUUGCCCCCUUUUGAGUUGGUUCUAUCUCUUACACCUUCUCCUCCACCUCCUCCUCCUCGUGUAUUUGCUUCCACAAGUAACUUCUCCCAGCGAAAAUCGUUUUCCAAGGAAAGGCCGACAGUAAAUUCCUCAAAAACCAUUGAAUUACCUGUGAAGAGCAUGGGAAGAACUGGAAAAGUUGAAAAUGCUAAAUCCGGAGCAAAACGGACUCGUGGAAGACCACGUACCAAGGAGACUAAGACAAAUUCUGCCACCAAACGACUCAGACGACGUGACUCCGACUCAGUUAAUGGUCGAAAGUCACCGCAGAGAGAAAACAGUCUAAGCCCAACUCAUCAAGACCCUCCUCAACUUGAACCAAUGCCUGCAGUUGAUGAGGACGAAGAUCUAGACAUUCCUAUGGGCUUUUCUGCUUUAAAUUCUGUUGACGCAUACUUGUGCCCCGGUAAAUGCAUCGUUAUAUGUCCUUUGGCGAGUUGCCGCAAAAAGUUCUCAAAUCCCAUUGACCUCGUUUCACACCUCCGAAUUUACCAUGAAAGCGAAACAUUCCCAUCAUUAAAAAUAUAUACCUGCCCUACAUGCCUUACGACACGCUUCAGUUCUCACACGACGAGUUCUGAUUUGACUCUGUUGUCUGAACAUGCCGCGCGGUACCACGGACAGAAUUUUAAACAGACUGAAUUUAUUUACUUCUGCACAAUUGUCCUGGACAUUUUAACUGGCGAUAAGUCUACUCAACAGAAAGAAGAAAAUAAUCUUUUGAAGAAAGAAGUCAGUUGUAUGGCAUCGCAGCCCCAGCCAGAUACUCACUAUCACCCGAUUCUCCCAUUGGUUCCUAACUCCGCGUCAUCUGAACUCCGUUCUGACGUCGCCACCUCAAACGCUGCUCGUGUCAACGCAGACAGCCUGGGUCUUCGCAUCUCCUCUGCGGUGUUGCCACAAGCCUCGUCAGCCGGCCACUACAUUCAGAUCUCGCCAGUGCCUCCCAAGCUGCCAGGCGGUGCGGCUCCGGCUCCACAACCACCCCAGCCGGUGCUCGCAGCUCUGGCCGCGGCCGCUGUCUCCGGCCAGCUACAAACCAGUCUCCCCACGGGCGGCCAGGCUCUGCUUCUUCCAUCACACACACCGCCAUCAUCAUCUUCAUCAGCAGCAGCGGUGGCUGCUGCACCCGACCCCAUUCUCAUCAACAGUGCCUCUAUUUACACUCCAGCCCAUGCCAAGCAACUACCAGCCAUUGGCUGGCUGUCAGCUCUCUUCUGCUAUUGGCUAUCGACCACCUCCAGCGUUGAGGGCCAAGUUUGCGUGUUUCGGCAGGCAGCUGUGUCGUUCACCAAUCAACCCGAUCAAGUAGUCCGAAUUCGCGACGCCGGAUCUUCCGCAGAUCUGGGUGUCUAUUCAUUGAUCGCAGCAUUCGUGGUGUGGAAGGGCUUCUGUCUUCAAAAAAAUUCUGCCUGGUGGUUGUUUAAUUGUCCACCGCAUCGUGACAACAGUCGUCUAGCGUGUGUUCAUGAGGCCGUAUUCAUAUCCUCAUCAACUGCGUCCUGCACUACACCAGACGUCGCGCAGACAAUAGCAUCGGUCGCGUCCAAGUUGUCAACGCACUCGGCAAGCACGGAGGCUGCCAUAGAGACGCUCAAACAGCUGAUGCAGUCGGCUGCCGUUGCCAAGGCACAACAGACCACGCCCUCAGGCACCCCGCUUCAGGCCCCGGCCACAGUGACCUUGACGCAGCCCACCGUGGCCACCAGGAACACCGUCCUGCAGACCUCGCCUUCAACCCUUCUCUCUGAUGGCGGCCAACAGAGGGGUGUUUCCGUUCCGAAGGUCGUUACUAAGGUCGACGAGCCACAGUCUACACAGCCUCUGGUGUACCCCUUUGUUCAAAGCGUUACCGUGUCGUCGUCGUCAUCGUCGUCGGGUAACGCUGCCGUCACAACCUCCAGCCCCGUCACCGUGAUGACAUCCAACAACGAACUCGACUCUAGCUCUGACCUGAGUCCCAACGCCUCGGCCAACGCCGACUUACUCACCCUGGCGCGCCUGUCUGUUAAGCAGGCCACCGCCGAGGCCAGCAGCCAGGAGGCGCAGCAGUCGACGUCAACGGCGCCACGCAAUCGCCGCCUCCUGCCCCGCAAAUCGGCCAACACCGCCGCCACCUCCACGCCCAUCCUCGUGCGCAAACGGGCCGCGCUUCCUCCGCUCGCCGUGAAGCCUCCCAAGGAGUCGGUUGCUCCUCUCAUUACCCCUACCAAACUCGCUGCUCCCACGCCCGCCCACUUCUCCCCGCUAAUUCCCGCUCCAAAUAACACCGAACAUGUUGCCAUGGCCCCCGCCGUCGCCCCUGCCGCAUCGGAAACGAUUCGACAAGAAGAGGCCCCACUGAUGACCGCCGCCCUCAUCAGCCCGCCCCGGCCCGCACCCUCGACCUCCACUCUGAUUCCCUCCAGCCUCGGCAGCGUGCUGGCCAAAUCGCGACUCCUCCAGGCCAGCUCGUACAUCAGUGUGCAGCCAAGACUGUCUUCUAUCCAGUCGUCGGCAGUCGCGCAUUCAAAUCCACACCUCGCCAACGUGGUGAACGUCAGCAAAUCAACCGCACGGGCACUUUUCAUUGGCUGUCGCGGCCUGACCAAUCGGCGCCGCGAAGAGCAGGUGUUCUUCAAGGUCGUGCACGUGGGUGCGCUGAUGCGCUGUUUCACGAGGUGCCAACUGAAAAAAGGCGUGACAGCGCCUGCUCCACUUCAAAAGAUCCUCCCACGACCCAACGCUGGAGCAGUUGCAGCAACGUCAGCGAAGGAUCUUCGGCCACUCGUGUAUCCCGUGCAGUCGCUACCCCUACAGGCGUCUACACCUGCCGUGGCACAAGUGUGUCCUCCUGUGGCAACCACCGCUACAAAGACCCAGUGCUUGACCGUCGUGCACCCCUCGACGUCGUCAUCACAGAUAAAUGGCAACUCGGCUGCCGCCACCGUCACCACCAAAAACACUCCUUCAUCGCCUUCUGAAUUGAACACCACGUGCCUGGAACCCUCAGAGGUGCACACAGCCUACAGCCCAAGUCCUUCGCACGCACCGCUUCUGAUCGUCGUUGCUUGCACGGGGUUGGGAAUUCGCGUUUACGGCCUCCAUUCCGAACUAGCGCAGUUUGCGGCUGAUCCAGCCUCAUCACGUCGGCGUACACGUGUGCCCUCCUUGUUCCUCUGGGUGGCGCUUUUCAAAUGCUGGCCACCUCUUCUCUUACAUCCAGUGUCUAAUCCCCCUUUUGGUGCUAUUUUAAUCGUUUAA